AUGGCCUCCACUGAUAAUCUCCUCAUUAUCGGCAGUGGUGCUUUGGCCUUGUCGACAGCCUUGGCCUUCUCGUCGCGCCAUCCUGCCACUCACAUCAUAGUAUUAUCACGCGAGAAUACUCUUGAUAGCAGCGAAGCAUCCUCGGCAGUGGACCUUCGACAACUGCGAAACGAUUGUCAGUCCUCGGCAAUUCCGACUUUGGAGGCCGAUGCCAAGCAUAUCCUACGCGAAGACCCAGAACUUCGACACUGUCUCUAUACGCGCGGUGAAAUCUGUGCCCUUGUGAAAGGCGAUGUUAGAAGCACCAAGAUCUUGGCAGAAAGAAGAACAGUACUUGGCCUUGAUGACCAAAAGAGCAGCUCCAAGUUGCUUUCUUCGCCCGAGAGCAUCCGGAGCAUUAUCACAGCCUCGAAUGCUGAGACCGUCGAAACUUCGAAGCUUCCUAAAUCCCGCUGGCAGGAGGCGGUAUUUGACCCAUCUACUGCCAUUGUUGAUCUAAGACAGCUCCUGUUGAUUCUGUACCGUCGGUGCCAAGGCCGGUCCAAUAUCACAUUCAAAUUUGGUGUUGAUAUUCAACGUCCAAUUAUUGAGGACAAUGUUUUUAAGGGACUGAUCCUGAAUGGCGGCUCUGAGAUCACAGCUCAAACCGCUGUAGUGACUGACGAUCUUCUCUGUCACAAGCUGUUUGGCCUUUCGUCGCUGAUGAAAGCCACUGGUUACGAUGCUACCUGGCUCAAGCCAUCCGACUCAGUGUUGAAGAAAUACAAAGACAUUCCCGUCUUGACCAACCUUUCGACUGGAUUUACCGUCUUUCCUCCAGUGAACGGAGAGUUCAAGUGUACCCUGGAAUUGAAUGAUUACGGCGAUGUCAACGUGUCAGACGCUGAAUCAUGUGCCUGGUCACUCGCUCCCAAAACCGAGCGAGAGAUUCGACGCAAUCUGGCGGAGGUUCUACCUGAAGCUGCUGAUCAACCUUUCUCGCGAUCAAAGUUGGCAUUGUCUGUGUCUACAGAGAAACGUACUGGCUUGAUUGAUCGCCACCCACAAUUGGACGCGCUGUUUAUUGCCACCUUACCGACCACUCUUGAACCGCUGGGUAUCUCUCUUGGUACAAGGGUUGUGGAUCAGAUUGACCAGGCAGUUACAUCCAAGUUGUGUCAGAGUUUGGGAUUGUCAGGCAGGUUCUCCGUCGCCGAAGAUACCUUGGCGUUUCAUAAACCCAUCGUUGUCGUAGGUGCAGGUGUCUUCGGGUUGAGCACGGCUCUGCAUCUCGCACGACGUGGCUACAAAAAUGUCACUAUUCUUGACCGUGAGGCUUAUGACCAGACUGGCUACACUAGUGCUGCAGCCAGUGCUGAUCAGAACAAGAUCAUCCGGGCCUCGUAUGGAACACAGAAACUCUACGAAAGCCUUGCUUUCAAGGCCCUUGAUCUCUGGGAUGAGUGGAACUCGGAUGUUCGAAAUUCAAGCGACUUGCCCGAUUCGCUCUUUUUCCAUGAUCGUCUUUGGGACAAUUGUGGAUUUCUUCGUGCGGGCGAACUGGCUGGCCUCGACCCACAAGAGAAAGCCACCCAGGACAGUUUCCCCGAGGCCCUCAAGGAUACUCAGUACCGCUUGUCAGACGAGUCUCGCAGGGAGGAUGCUCGGAUGAAUGGUAUUCCUUCGACCAAGCUCGAUCCAUUUGAUCGCUCGCAACGAGGGCUUGGUAUCGAUGGUAUCUUCGACGGAACUGGUGGAUAUGUUGCCGCGGACAAAUCGUGCUCAUGGGUGCUUCAUUUGUGCCAGAAACUGGGAGUUCGAACCAAGCUCGGCAAACAAUUCGCGUUCAGAGAAUUUAUCCGCGAGGGUUCUAGAAUCACCGGCGUGAAGACUGGGGUCGAGGGCACUGCAUUCCCUGCAGACCUGGUGAUCGUUGCUGCAGGUGGAUGGACUCCAUCCAUCGUUCCAGAGGUCGCUGAUCUGCUUCAAACCACAGCGGGAAGUGUUGUGAAAAUCCAACUGCCACCUCAGAAUGAGCGACCUGAUUUGUGGAAGAAGUACAGUUCCUCAGAGUUCCCUUGCUGGUCUUGGCGCCUUACUGGAAAAAAGCUGCAGGGCACUGAGGUCGGGGGUAUUUAUGGUUUCCCUCGCACCCAGGACGGUGUGAUUAAGAUCGGUUUCCGCGGGACAAAGUGGACGAAUCUGGCAUACAGCAACGCUCAAGGGCGCUUGAUUUCCUACCCCGAAACUAGUCCAAUAGGUCUGCCGAACAAGGCUAUGGAGAACAUUCGCGAAUUUUGCAAGGAGAACAUGCCAGAUCUUGUGGGUCUACCGCUCUCGACUCGCUUGUGCUGGUACACCGACUCCGUGGACAGCAGCUUUUUGAUUGAUCGUGUUCCAGGCACGGAGGGCUUAGUGGUUGCCAGUGGAGGAAGUGGACAUGGCUUCAAGUUCCUGCCAGUUCUGGGAGAGCAUGUCGUGGAUGUGGUUGAAAAGAAGGAUACAGGCUACACGAACCUAUUCAAGUGGCGUGACCCAUCCGCCGGAGGCAAGAAAGCUCGCUUCAACACCCCUUCUGAUGAAUGGCCUGCGUUGAGGCAGGAUGAUAUGUCUCGUAGCUGGUGA